AUGAGUAUAUUUAUAAACUAUCUUUCUUUAAGAAUAUGCUUUUAAUAUAUACAGAAAUAUACGACUUCAUAAAUUUCAAGAAAAAUACAACAAAUUGAUGAAGUAAAUUAUUUAAAUUAUUAGAUAUUUAAAGAUUAUUCAAAUAAUAAAAAAAAUCAAUAAAAUAACAGAUUCAUUUAUAUUUAAAAGAUCAAUGAAAAAAAUAUGUUUGGAAGACAGUCAUACUAAAAUUUGAUAUCGAUUUCAAAUAAGGAAUAAUACAUAAUAAGUAAAUAGAAUGAGUUAUGAAUUAUAAUAGUAGCCUCCAAAUUCUUUUUGAUUAUGGAACAGAAAGGAAGUAUUUUCUCAUUUGAAAUAUUCUCUCAAGAAAUACAACUUAGUUGA